GCCCGCCAAUGUUACGGCGUUUGUGGUGCCUUUUUUGCUCGCGAGACGAUUUUUCUCUCACUCCCGCACAACCAUAGGGGAAUUCGUUUGCCGCACGUAACCACCACGUCGUGAUAUCACUUUAUUUUGCAAAGAACCAUUGCCGCAGAACUGUGAGUGACAAUAAAGAAAGAAAUCAUCUAAGCUGGACGCAAGAAGGAUUUCCUCAAAUAUUCAAAUUAAUUACCCCUGUUGGUGGCAUUGACUAUGGCCGUCGUCGAUUGCGGAUCGAAAGAAAUGUAAUCCAAGCAAGCCGUGGCAACCGUGGACUGCCGUAGUAGGCUAGAAGGUACCACCGGUCUUUCAGCCAUGUGCCACCUGGUGGACUAAUGCACCGUUGAACCACCCGUGAAUGGGUCGCGUAAGACGCUCAAAUUGGUUCCGCAUUAUCUCAGCUGCCAGUCGAGCGCGCUACCGCCGGAUAUUCCGGAGACUGUCCAAGCGCUACCGGCUUCCGUUGCCUUCGACCAUUACUGCCAGUCGUCGGAAGCAGCUGGAAAAGCGGUUCUGCCGACUGAUGCAUAAGCAACAGCUUGCCCACGAACUUGGCGCUCAUCAUCGGGAGCAAAACCUGGUGCUGGAUAAACGUGUCGGAGCGGUCGUCAGCUGUCGUCAGGGUGCUACGAUUCCGGAAUAUUUCAGAAAGCGUAUACUGAAGCAGCGAAGAAGUGUGGAGAACGAGAAUAAGGCAGAGAAGGAAGAUGAUGGGGAAGUGGUAACAGCGGAUGAAGGUGAUUCUGAGGUCGAAUCUUCGGAAGAAAGUGGCGAAUCUGCAGAAGAGACGGAAGUUGGAGGGGCAGAAGCUAAAAAGCAGGUCGAAAUUCCUGAUCCGACAAAGUUCUCAGUUCUAAAGCAGGAGAUCAAGGAAUACUGUGCAGUGCAAGAGAAAGUUCAGAUAAUCAUUUCAAUGUUGAAAUCGAGAGCACAGGAGUUGGAAAAGGACGAUGAGGUGAGCGAAGACAUCAAACCAGAGCAGGUAUCAAAAGAAGAACCAAGUGAACCGAAAUCUCCGGUGAAGCAUGAACAGCAAGAGAUCGAGAACUCCGAAUUGGAAUCGUUGAACAAGUAUUACGAGAACUCUGAUGAAGAUGAACCGGAAGUGGUUGCGAAAGACGAGAAAGAUUCAGACGUGGAACUGGUAGAGGAGGUGGAUUCAAAGACAGACAUUGUUUUCGUAGAUGCAGAUGCUCUGGAAGACGAUUCCAAAGAUGAAAAACCGAUCAUCGCUGAUUCUAAAGAGUGCGUUCUGCCAACGAAGACAUUGAAGGAAAUCUCCAAAACCGAUCUGUUUGAUCCCACCUUCAGCACUAUCAAAUUGGAACCAUUAGUCAAAAAGAAUUCGGUGGUCGAUUCGCUCUUCAGCAAGUUCAAUUUGAAACUCCCUACUUCUCCCCCAAAACCAGUUGCGUCUACAGCAGAAAGCGAAACCGAUUCAAGCAAUGGAAGGCUACGUGAUCGACGGAAGCUUUCGAUUAAACCCCAAUACGCUGAAGAAGAGGAACCGAAGAAAAAACGGCCGUCCAAAAUAUUCGACAAAAUCCACAAGCAGCUCAAUCUCGAUUUGGAGAAUUCAAACUCGAACUCGUCGACGGAGUUCUAUGGCUUUGACGAAGGCGAGGCCAUCAAGCUGGACAAACCAAGCGUCCCUGGAUUGCUUCCGACGCCAAUCGUAAAGAAAUCCCGUCCAAAUGCGCCGUUCCUAGCGCCUGGUACCAUUGCCGAGGACAUCAAGAUCGAAAACCGCGAUGAUCUCUUCCGUGAAGAGGGUAUGGUCUCAUUUGGGUCGCUACCGCCGCGACUCGAAUGUCCUCGGCGGCCAGAUGAUAUGGUCCGACCCAGAACUGUCGCCCAGAAGCGAAUUUUGUUGCAGAAGAAGAACGAUGUGCGCUAUCUGAUGAUCGACAAUGAGUCAAAGAUCUUUAAUGAGAUCGAGAAGCGAGGUAAGAACAUCGACGUCGAGUUAGACCAAGAGCGGAUGGAGGAAUUGCAGGAACAGAACAUACCUUUCACAAGGGACACUUGGAAGGCGCUGUCCUGGUUGCGAACAGAGAAGGGGAAAUACUUUUUCCAAACUUUGAGGGUCGAUAAUCACUACAUUAAGCUGGCCGGCUGCAGAGGCAAUCAUGCCGCAAAGAGAUUAGGUAAGAAGCAGCUCUCUGCUCCAGCCACUGUAAGCCGGAAGCACGUUUGCCAUUGUCCAGAGUAUCCUACAAAUGUGAACAUUGAUCUCAGCCUUAUUGAACCUCAAAGUGAAACAAAAGUCAAAACCGAGCCAGAAGAACCAAUCCCUGCCGAACCCGAAUCGGACAAGAAAUUGCUAUGUAACCCUAUACCAACCCCAAUUCGAACUCAACCAGGCCCGCUUUCCUCCAAAUUGCGCUACGACUAUGAGCUGUUGAACCGCACCGAAGAUGGAGCCUACCUCGGCCCUCUAGAAGUCCUACAAAUGCCAACAGUACAAAUCGAGGUGUUUCCUCGCAUAGAUCGACCGUUGGAUCCAACAGUCAAGCCAUACCUCAAAAUGAUGCUCCCAUUUCAUGGGAUCACCGAGAAGUGGGCUCGCUUCGCCGUGUCUACCUUGAAAACCCCAGACCGCAGAGAGGAGGACAUCCCCGAAGAGGAUCGUUCGUUUUCCUUCACCAUGCCGUACCUGAACAACCAACGGAGGAUUCUGAUUCGCAGAAGGCUAGUCCAGCGCUCUUCUUCCAAUUCUCCCGCCGAAAGUUUGGACAGGUUCGAACAGGAAUUGGAAGAACCUCUCACGUUCCGCAAGCAUUUGGAUGAUGCGCUGGACGGGGAAGAGGAGGUGGACCUGGUAGAAAAGGAAUGCGCCGACGUUUUGUCCGAGCUAACGAACGCGGUUGCCAUCGGUUUGGCGGGGGAUGUUUUCAUCGGGGACGAUCCGGAUUGCGACUACACCAAAGAAGACAAACCGAUAGAGCGAUCGGCUGCUCAGCAGGACGGGGUGAAGAACUUCGAGAAUGCUGCCAAAUCGAAACGGAUGCUAUGUAUGAUUACCUCUUCCAGCCGCGAGAUGAAACGCCUCAACGCUACCAUAAUUGAAACCAUACCGGAACCUAUGCCGUCUCCGGCGGAGGACAGCAAACCACGCUGCGACGAGCGGUACUGCGGUAAAGGAUGCAUAUGUGACGUUUUCAGCACCAAGCAUGGAAAGGUGUCCCGGACGCACUGCAGCAAGCUGGAUUGCAUUUUCGGGUGCCAGUGUGGAUACGAUAAAAAGCGCAGCUCAACGAAAGACCUGAAGCCCGACAUGAGCGAAGAAGGUUUAUCAGCUUUAACCAGCGAAGACGUGAAGUACCUGCGCGAGAAGGCCACCGCCCGGCUGGCCAAAGAGGAGCGGGAUUUUACUCCAACUGUGAUAAUGACCAACAACAGUACGGUGUUGGUUCGAAAUACGGAAACGGAAGCCAGAAGACACAAAAAGAAACCUAAGAAAUACGACGACUAUUACAAUGAGAAUAGCGUUAAAAGUCUGAUGAAUGGGAUUAUUCCCAGCGAGGAAGAACCACGUGAACCUUCGAUUGAACGGAACAAGACAAGCUCUGUCAUUGGAAAUCAGCCCCUCAGCCUGGCCGAUAGAAUACGCCAUACGCACGUGGUUCUGAACAAGCUGCAGGAUUUGGACCACAUCGAGCCUUGGUGCAUGAUCCACUGUCUGUACCGUUGUUACUGCCAUGGCAAUGCAACCCACGGAAAGCCGUUCAAGUUCAAUGAGGAAAGCGAUAUUGUCUUGCCAACGCCAGUCGUACCGGUUCUGGACCCUCUCCUAACGGUUUACGAACCUCGCCGUCGACGUCUAUACUCAUUCGAGAAGACGGAAACCACCAUUCCCACCAUUCCGGAAGUUAGAGAGCCUUUCCGCAAGCGAGAUAGUUCAGAAGAAUCUUACAAGCCCUGGAAUGAAAGGCGUAAGAAGAAGAGGAGAACGCUUGAAGAGCAACUUCCAAGCUCUCCAGAUAAGAAAAUAAGUGAAGACUCUGCACCGUCUUCUACGAGGGCAUCCAUCGAAGAUCUGCAAAUCAACGACGGUCAGACUUGUAGACGAGUAAUUCCAGUGAAUAGAAAUUUCUACAAAACGAGAAACUACUACAGGAAAAGCCGUUACUUGAAGGAGAUCGAAGAAGCCAAGCAAAACAAUCCUUUCGCCGAGAAGCGACUGAAGCAUCUACUAGACAAGUGCGAAAAGGCGUUCUUUGAGGAGCGAAGACGGGAACUGGAAAAGCAAGCAAUGAAAGCCAUUAAGGACCGCGAACGCCAACGGCAGAUCAGCGAAGGGGACAGUAAGCAACCGAAGGAUCCUCCGAAGGAACCAAUCUUUAUCGACAUCGUGGCAACGGAUGCUAAAAUUAGGCAGAACAUAUUACUCGCACCUCUAGUAGACAACAGAACAUUGAUCUACUGUGGCAAGAAGAAGUAUUACGUAGAUAGUGAAGCAAUCACAAGCGGAAAAAUCAACCUACUGAACAUUGCACGUAAAUUCAGAAGAACGGUUUGCAUCCUCAGGCGGGUCGAGAGUGAUGCGCGAAUAAAACCGAUCACGUUCAGCUACAAGGGCGAAACAAUCAUGCUCAAAGGUCGCAAGUACCGAAUGAAGGAGCCCUACGAGCAGCGUGCAAACGAACACGUGGACUUUGACUGCGAAAGUGAUGAUCAAGAAUCGACUUCUUCGUUAGCUCUGGAGUCUCUCGUUGCCACUGAGGUAGAUCCCCAAAAGGCGAUGCUUGAUCAGGUCAACUCGGACAUCAUGCACACUAUGCAGCACAUCCGAGAGAUGAUGCGUAAAAAUACCUCACGGCUUAAUCCUCCGAAAAAGGGGAUUCUGUACUUGUUCAGGUGGGAAAAGUUCCUGCAGGCCUUCAACGAAGAUCAAGUGGACGUGUGGGACAUAACCUUCCAAAAUGGGUCAGAAUUGAUUAUAUUGACUACGGAUAACACUCGGAAGAACACCCCUACCUUCAAGAAUGCAAAAUCCGUCCGCCUCGCCAGAAAAUGCACGUUUGAAUCACGAGGAACAUCCCUUCUUACCAAAAUGGUUCUUCAUCAAAUCGACAAUCCGGAAACGAACAAGUUGUCUUUGGUGUUGUUCGGAACGGACAAGUAUUGGCGCUUUUGUGGGUUCAUCAAAGCGGAAAAUAACUAUCUGGAUAAAGGUUGCGAGGUCCGGCCAACUCCGGUCUCCCAUCCAAAGUUGGCACCGAAAAUCAAUCGCUACUAUGAAGCAUUCGCUGCCAGUAAAAAGAAAAGUGAAGCUGCUGUUCAGAAGAAUCCAAGUCUUCUCAAUGCACCUCCCAAACCAGUUGAAGUUCCGAAACCAAUUAAGGAAGAAAUUCCCACGGAGCAGACGUCGUCUACACCUGACAUCCCAGCGGCAAUAGCAAUGGUCAAAUCCAACAUAAGGCUGAUGGAAACCAAGAUCAAAGAUUUCAAGAACAUCGCCAUUCCAAACGUGGGGAUGCGACGGUGGUUCAUGCUGAACGUGGUGAACGAUUUCAGCGACAUCUACAUACCCAGUUGGAAGUCCUGUCUGGCUUACGCUCGAAUAAAGCAAGCAAUUCAGCUGGCAAAUCGGUACAACAAAACGGUGAGACUAACUUCGAUCGUUCAGAAGAAUAACCAAGCAGAUGUCCUGCCGCAGAUCUAUGCCGCGCCGAUGCAGGGCGAGUGUAUCUUCCUGGGACCGUACAGCUACACGCAGAACAUCGAUUUGAUCCUGUGCCAGAAUGUGGAAGGCAAGAUGUACACCAGGGAGGAGUACGAGCGUAAUAAUCAUAUCGUGCGAUCGGAUCACACGACCGGUUCGUGGUUGUACAUGAAGCCGAACGUGACCUCGACGACAACGACAACGUCGUUUGUUCAGGAACAGGAAUCGAACGCGGUGACGAAGCAGUCAGCGGAAGUGCAGAUUUCUCCUGCAUCUAGUUCCACUUCUAUUGGAGGCUCUGUCAGCAAUCCCAGCAAUGAUGAUUGUGUAGUUAUCGACGACGAAGAGGAAUCCGUUGAAACGCCCACUACCAUGUCAUCCCCAACGGAAUCGAAGCACAUACCACCGGAGCCUGAACCUGAACCUGGAACAUCUAACAACAACAGUCAACUGGAAUCUCUUAUCCAUCAACUCUACAACGAUUCCGACUCGGACGAUGCCGCACCUUCGGAAGCUUCGUCCACCACCUCAAAAGCUACCACUACGUCCACCACCAUUACGGCUAGUUCCUCUGAUCCACAGAUCGAACCUCCUCCGGCUCAGCAAUCGAAAAAUCAACUAUCGCUUCUAGUUGAAAAGACCAUUGCUGAAAGCAAACAGCUACAGGUUAAACCUCCAGUAGCGCCAACGCCAUCUCCAUCGCCGCGAGUGGUUCCCAGCAAUAGUGCCAUAUCUGUCCGACGUAUGUCUGUCGUUGCAACGCCUACUUUUGCUACCCCUGCGGCCGUCGUGGAGAGGAAAAAGUUGCAGAUCCCCAGCCGCAGGCUGUCUUACAUUCCUUCGGCUACCACAAUCGUCCCAGCUCAAAGCGCCGUAUUCAAAAAACUAUCGGAUCUGCCACUGAAGCGCAAAUCAACGGGAUCGACUGAAGUCAUUAUCAACGCUGCAGCCGAAGAAGUGAAGAAAACUCGCUUGUCUUUACCUGUGUCGACCGCUUCUGCGCCACCCGCCAAGGUUCCUUCGGUUGAAGAGAUCGUAUGUUUGGAUGAUGAUGAAGACUCCGCAGAUCCUUCCAAGAAACCGAACCCGUCGGUUGCCUCAUCAAGCAAAACUCCGUCUUGCACCACCGUUCUGAAUCGUCAGCAAGCUGCGCUGAUAGCCAGCAAGAUCAAUCUGCUGAACCCAAGUCAAAAGGGGUUGGUAUACAAUCCAUCCACCGGAGUGCUCCGCAUCAAACGGUCCCUGAUGAAUAGCCUAACGGAAGGUACCAAUGUCACCAUCCCACCCUCUUCAAGCUCAAAAGCGGUUACUAAUUCAGCCUUAGGUAACCAAGCGUCGACUGUCGUCGCCAGUUCUCAGGUAUCGCCGAAAGCUUCGACAGUUCCAGUCAGCAAACCCGUUCCAAGUUCAGUGAUAACUCCGCCGACAACGCCAAAGUCGCCAUCGGUCGUACCGACAGCUGGGUCGCAGGUCUACAUCGAACCUCCGAAGGUUCCCACGGAAGGCGUACUGCGGAGCAACAUCCCCGGGCUGGGAGUGGUCCCGGUGCUAUGGUCGGUAAGCGACAUCAUCAUCAAGGUGCGGGAACUGUCCGUCAAGCAGCAGUACGUCCGACUGGCCAACUUUGAAGCGGCCGUUGUGCUGCUGAAUCGAUUCAUUCGGAAGAACACCUACACCUUCAAACCAUUCUCAUUAACCAUUGGGUGGAAGUUUGAGGCCAGAGCCGAGCCGUUGCCCGCGCCAGAGCAACUCAUCAACACCAUCAACCUCAGAUGCGUCGUAACCAGCGAUGGAGUCAUCGACCUGUACAAGGCCAGUGCAAUCAUCGCCUUCCAGACGACGAAGCCCAAUUUUUACGAGGAGCUACUGUUGCUUCGCCUGUCGAUAUUGUGCUGCAAAAAGGAACAGUAUGAACAGGAACAGUGCCAUAAGUUCUUCGAGAACAUAUUCAUCAAGGCCACCAACACCAUCAAAGAGCUAACACAAGCGUCGGAAGCGCUGACCACGCAGCAAAACUUCCUCCGCGAGCAGCAAAAGGAACGUCGCGCCAUCGUGGAAAAGCUGCAGGCAUCUCAAGGUAUCGUCUCAGGGAAACCCACGAUCCAGAUAGUGUCCAAGCGAGUGGCCGUACCGCAAUCGAUAUUGGACCGUGUUUCCAAGCCUCAUCCUUCGGUAGCGUCAUCGAGUUCAACGUCGGCUCCAUCGGCGGCGGCGGCAUCCGCCAGCCAACCAAAAGAGUCUGUGAUUGUACUGGACGACGAUUAGAUUUGUUCGUUACGAGCGAUUUGGAAGAAUCGCCUCAUCAGUGGUAAGUAGGCUGCCGGCUACUCCACUGUGGAAUCAGCGUUAUUUAUUUUAUAGUAGCUUCAACGAGAAUGUUAGGGUAAUUGUUACAUUCACCAGUUUUAUUUUGAAAAAAAAACGUCGAAUUAUGUUUAAUUUUGUCCUAAAUAUAGUAGCACAAAAAGCUUUCCUAGGGAAAAGAUUAACUAAAUUAAGUGUAUCUAGCUGUAUAUAGGUGAAAUUGAUUAAGAGAAAAUGGAUCUCUUGGCGUUAAGCACACAAAGCAACUGUCUCGUUUAGAUAUAUGGAUUAUCGGUUUUAGCAUUUAGCGAAAUCGAUCAUACGCAUCACAAUACAAAUCAAGAAUCGUAAGGUGUCUGUGUUCGAAA